CCCCGUUGCACCACGCCCCCCACAGCAAUGGAAGACGAGAGACGCACGCCCAGAAAAACGCGAGGGACGGGCGGUGGAGUCCGGUUCGGUCAUGGAUGGCGUAAGCCAUAGAUGCUCUCGCGGAGCCAGCAGCCAAGCAAUGAAGCAAAGGCACCACCACAGCACCAUGUCAAUGUCAUCGCCCCCCAUCGCAUCGCACGGCCGGCUCCGACUCUGUGCUCGUUCAUACCCACCCCCCACCCGUGCCCGCGACCACCCCUCCUCUCCUCACGGCUCACGCCCUCCCCAAAUCCCAAUCCCUAACCCUCCCACUCUCCUCGUCGGCCGACCGCCUGCUCGCUCCCCCGGCCCAGCGCGGAGAUGCAGGCCGCCGCCCGCCGCCGCUACGGGUGGGUCAAGGAGUGGGUUCCGCAGGACCUGGUCGUCGCCGGAGGCCCCUGCGCGCUCUACAAGUGGGUGCGAGAGGAUAGGUUGGCUGCUCUAAAAGCCAAGCACAAGGAACAAGGGGCAGAAUCUGCAAAGCCUGAACCGAACACCGAAGUUCUCUUCCUGUGCAGCUAUGAAGGAUGUGGGAAAAUUUUUAUUGAUGCAGGGGCUCUUAGGAAGCAUGCUCAUGUCCAUGGGGAGAGGCAAUAUAUCUGUCACUAUGAGAAUUGUGGCAAGAAGUUUGUAGAUAGCUCUAAGUUGAAGAGGCAUUUUCUUAUUCAUACAGGAGAAAAGAACUUUGUGUGCCCUCAUGAAGGUUGCGGGAAGGCUUUUUCUUUGGAUUUUAAUUUAAAGGCACACAUGAAAACACAUUCUGCGGAUAACUAUCAUGUGUGCCAGUACCCAGAAUGUGGCCGGAGAUUUACACAGGAGUCUAAACUAAGGGCUCAUAUCAGGGCACAACAUGAGAAGAAUCCAGGUGCAUCAACAAUGAACCACAAUACACUAAGAGAUCAUCAUCAGCCCCAUAAAACAGUAAAAUCUUCAGCAACACCACCAGCACCCUCGGCUGAGCGCCCGUACGUCUGCCCAUAUGAUGGUUGCGACAAGGCAUAUAUCCAUGAGUACAAGCUUAACCUCCAUUUAAAAAAAGAGCAUCCCAAUCACUACCAGGACGCAGGUGCUCAAGGUGCUGCUUCUUCAAAGGGCACCUUGUCGAAGAAUUCCCAAAGAACCAAGCCGAACAUCACCGCAAAGAUGCCACCGCCCAAGAUCCCUAAGCGCAGAGGAGUAUACACAACACCAUCUCCGGCUGUCAACAUCCCUGAGGAACACCAGUGGCCAAGGAAAGUGCUGUAUGAGGAUGACAGCGAGGAGACUGAGGAAGAGGGGGACAAUGUCGAGGAUGGAUGGAGAUACAGAGCUCCUAGCAGCGACGAUGAGGAAACUGAAGAUGAAGACUGAGCUGCCUGGCCAUUUUCGGGUCAGUAGUUGUGCAUAUAAACUUACAAGCUUUGGGGUUAUAGUUUGCAUACAUGUACAAUGUUAAAAUAAGGCUGAGUUGAUAGUAGGCAAGGUUGGAGUUGGCCUGUCCCUUCUGAAGUAGGUAUCUCUUAAAGAGGAAUUGGGACCAUUGCUUGCAUUCGUAUAUGUUUGUGCGCGCUGGUUAAUGACGGUAUCCUUUGGCUGCUACGUCUGGUUUGCGGUUUUGGUGCUUGCCGAUUAAUCUGGUUAGCCAAAUUUUGGUUACACGA